AUGCUCGACACUUCCCCACAGCAGCAGCCUUUGGCGGGUGGCAGAAAGACGACUCUCCCCUUCCGACCAAAGUCGGUCCAGGAGCCAGAAGUUGAGCUGCCUGAGAAUGUGGCAGAAGAUGCACGGUACGAACAAGUCGCCGCAGAAGCUGCUCUGGCGCGCGCAAGCACGCAUUACUUCGGUCUUUGGGUCCCGCACUACAUUUUCAAGGUCGGCGCCGAGAAGACGGAGUUUCUAGUCCUCCUGACCAGUCUGCGUCUGAGUUGUCCUUCCUUUGAGAAGCGCAUCAGCAACUCGGUUGCCGAGUGUGAUGGCCUUACGGGAGGCCGUGUUGUCGAACUCGAACAUCUCCCCACGUCCCUUUUCACCAUCUUCGUCACAUGGCUUCACACCGGUCUCCUGGUUCCGCUGGGCCCUUCAACCAGCUCAGCAUCCAACGACGACCUGGAGCGCCUCGUCGAUGGUACAGAAGCCGGUGAUACUGCUGCAGACUUUGUACCGGACGCAGAACUGGCCCGGCUGGUCACCUUUGCCGCGGCCGAAGACAUCCCAGCGCUGAAGGUCACCGCUCUCGCCGUGUUGCACUCGCAGAAUUGUCAACUCAGUCGCACCACAACAAGAGGAGCGAUCGCGCAUCUGUACUCUAGUCUCACUGCCGGAGCCGCCAUCCAAUCAUACCUUGCAGAUGAAGCCUCCGUCUUCUUGCACGCCGUUCAUAUAWCUCCAAGGCUCUGGGAAUUCCCUGAUGACUAUGUUUAUCRGGCUUUGAAGGUGGUUUUCAAGGAGAGAGACCUCGGGACGUUGCCCGUAGAUCGAAUGUCCGAAGAUGCAUGGAGCAGCCGCUCGGUUCUCUUCUAUCUCCAAGACUACAGCGAAGAGGUGACGGAGUCACUGGCCGACGCCAUUGACAAGGCAACGAUCAUGCUCAUGCCCAGCUCGGAGAUCCAUGACGACUACCGGUCGGGCGCCCUGCGGAGCGGAUUCCUGGAAGCCGCGAGCAACGAACUCGACCUCAGAGGGGAGACUGUCUGCGACUUUGCGCUCUUCCUCGAUUUUCUGUACGMGAAGGAGGUCUAUCUGCCAUUGCCUGCAGACCACAGAGAAUACGAGGAUUACUCAAACAAUCUCAAGAGUGACCUGCAAGCGUGGAAGGAGAAGAGUGCAUCCGAGAGACUCGUCCAAGCAGUUGACCAAGUCUCCCAACCAAAGAGUUCCACAGGAGUGUUCGAAUCCACCUACGACACCAUUUGCCGCACUCAACACAUGCUCGUAGACCUCUUCGUCUUCUCCGACCGGCGAGGAAUCACACAGCUUCGCAACACCAUCAUCAACAUGCUGGCGGAAAAGCGCGAAACAGGAUGGCCAUGGCUUUCGGCUUCCCAUGAGCUCGUUAACAAAGCCUUCUCCAAUCUCCCACCCGACUCUGCACUCUGUCGAUUUCUCGUCGACGAGGCAGCCUGGUGUUGGACCACUGUAUUCCAAAAGGCCAUCACCUUAGAGAGCGACGACUUCGAUCGCUUUCCCGAUGAGUUCUGCGCCAAGGUCAUGAAGCGAUGGAUGCAGAAUGGUAGAGGAGCGAAAGUCGAGUCUCGAAGAAAGUCCAAGUCCAAACCCCCUCCAUGGCGGGAAGACAUCUGCAAAGGGUAUCAUGACCAUGCCGAUGAGGGUGAGAAGACGGCUUGUCGAGAGGUAGCCAUGAAGCAAUGGACGAAAACCAUGGCUGCAAAGACCGGCAUGGAACCUGUUGCGAGGACGAACCUGGCAGCUUGA